ACCAAAGCAGCCUUCCACCUGCACAUCCUCCCGCACCAGCUCUACCCAGCCUUCGGCCCCGCGCAGGACAAGCACGCCUGGUAUAGGGACACUAAAUACCUCGGCUCCGAGGAGCGGACGGCGGCGUUUGUGGGGGCGAUGGAGGAGCUUGGGCGGGAGGAGGGGAUUGAGUUUCGGUUUGGCGGGUUGGUGGGGGAUACGCUGCAGGCGCAUCGGGUGGUGCAGUAUUUCCAGGAGGUGGAUGCAGAUGGGGACGUCGGCAAAGGCGAGGCACAGCAGGGGCAGACGAGGGCGAGCCGGAUCGUGGACGCGCUGUACAGGAUGUACUUUGAAGAGGAAAAGGACCUGAGCUCACAUGAGACGCUGGUUGCAGCUUGCAUAGAGGCUGGCAUCGAGGAAGGAGAGGCGAGGAGGGUCGUGGUGGAGGACGAAGGAGAAGGCUUGAUGGAGCUGAAGGCGCUGCUGAGGGAGUCUGCUCUGAACGGGAUCGACUCGGUGCCGCAUAUCAUGUUUGAGGGGCGGCGGAGGGAUCUUACGCUUGUUGGGGCCAAGAAGGUGGGUGAGUAUGUGAAGGCCAUGGAAACAAUUGCGAAGGAGAGCACGUAA